GAGACACCCACGUGGUGUAGUUUUGAGGAAGAGGCGGCGGCGGCGGCUGCGGAAGCCAUGGCGGCGGCUCGGAAAACUUCACGCGGAAUCACAAAAUUCAAGAAAGGGAGAGGAUUUUUGCCUUCUGCUAGAUUUAGGAAAAAGGGAAUAAAAGUUGUAGGAACUUGGAAACCUGUGAAGAUUGACCCACAGGUGUUUGCUGAAGGACAGCUUGAAGAUCUGGUAUGUUUUGAAGAGCUUCAUGAUUAUAAAUUGGUAGGUCCCUCAAAACUUUCAUCAAAAGAAAAACCCAAAAAGAGAAAAUCUCAUGCUGUGGUGUCUGAGGGGGAGAUAGAAGAAGAAACAACUUCCCAGCCGAAAAAGAAGAAGAAGAAGAACAGAGACCUGGGAACCGAGAUAGCUGUUAAAGAGAAAAAAAAUCCUUCUUCUGCAGAUGAAGACCUAAUUUUCCAGGAAGAUGUACUCAAGUGUGAACUCGACACAGACCCUGAGAAUGGUCUCCAAGAAGGUGGGGUUGUAGAAAUCACAAGUCCUCCCAAAACUGCUCAGAAAAAGAAGAAAAAAAAAUUAGGGAAAAAAGCACAAGCAUCUUCUCAGGCUGCUCCUUCGAAAGUUCCCCCUAAAGUAAAGACUUGGACAGCCAAGUUGGAUGAUCAGAAAGCUGACGUCUCUGCCUGGAAGGACCUUUUUGUACCAGAGCCCGUCCUUCGAGCCUUGAGCUCCCUGGGCUUCAGUGCUCCGACUCCUAUUCAGGCUUUGGCUUUGGCCCCUGCUAUCCGAGAUAAUCUGGAUAUCCUUGGUGCUGCAGAAACAGGAAGCGGGAAGACCCUUGCCUUUGCUAUCCCAAUGAUUCACUCAGUGUUGCGCUGGCAGGAGGAGCAGGAGCAGGCCGGAGGUCACUCUGAGGAUGGAGAGUCCUUGGGGGAUGCCAAUGGUUCUUCUGACGAUGGUAACGAAGAGAAGGAUGGGGACCCCUCUCACAGUCCGAGCGAUGAAAAGGAGUCCGCUGACAUAGAGCUGGAGCUCGAGGAGGAAAAGCCUACUGGUCACAGCAAUAGGAGUUCGCCCUUGCUUGGACUUGUUCUGACGCCCACUAGGGAACUGGCUGUCCAAGUCAAACACCAUAUUGAUGCCGUCGCCAAGUUUACAGGCAUCAAAACUGCUCUCUUGGUUGGUGGAAUGGCUCCUCAGAAACAGCAAAGGAUGCUGACUCGGCGGCCAGAAAUUGUGAUUGCCACCCCUGGGCGUCUGUGGGAGUUAAUUAAAGAGCAACAUCAGCACCUCUCGAAUCUCAGGCAGCUCAGGUGCCUUGUGAUUGAUGAGGCUGACAGAAUGGUUGAAAGAGGCCACUUCACUGAGCUCACCCAGUUGCUGGAAAUGCUGAAUGACAGCCAGUAUAAUCCGCAAAGACAGACAUUUGUAUUUUCUGCCACUCUGACUCUGGUCCAUCAGGCACCUGCCAGAGUCUUUCAAAAGAAAAACGCCAAGAAAAUAGACAAGUUGGGCAAACUCGACAUGUUGAUGCAGAAAAUUGGGAUGAGGGGGAAACCAAAGGUAAUAGACUUAACAAGGAAAGAGGCCACAGUGGAGACCCUGACAGAGACCAAAAUCCAUUGUGACAAGGAAGAGAAGGACUUCUAUCUCUAUUACUUUCUGCUUCAGUACCCAGGGAGAACCAUGGUCUUUGCCAACAGCAUUGACUGCAUCAAACGACUUACUGCACUCCUCUCUAUUCUGGAGCAAGAGCCACUUCCUUUGCAUGCAAACAUGCACCAGAAGCAAAGACUAAAAAACCUAGAGCGGUUUGCUGAACGAGAUAAUGGUGUUCUCCUAUCCACAGAUGUGGCUGCUCGGGGCCUGGAUAUUCCAGAUGUACAACAUGUCAUCCAUUAUCAGGUCCCUCGAACCUCAGAGAUUUACGUUCACCGGAGCGGCCGAACAGCCCGAGCAGCUAAGGAGGGUCUCAGUUUGCUGCUAAUUGGACCAGAUGACAUGAUCAAUUUCAAGAAGAUUUAUAAGACUCUUGAAAAGAAUGAGGAGAUUCCUUUAUUUCCCAUUGAAAUAAAAUGCAUGAAAGCAAUCAAGGAACGAGUAAAUUUAGCACGACAGAUCGAGAAAGAAGAAUACUACAAUAGCCGAGCAAAGCAGCACAACGCCUGGUUCCAGCAAGCUGCCGAUGCUCUUGAAAUAGAUCUGGACGAUGAUGUAUUCAUAGGAGGAAGACGUAAUGAACAAGAAGAGAGUCAGAAACAAAGGCUGAUGAAGGGAAUGAAAAAACAGUUAAAACAUCUGCUUUCCCAACCUGUAUUUAAAAACCUUAUGAAGACCAAGUAUCCAACACAGUUUGGAAGGCUGACACUGCCUGAGAUUCCUCUCCACACUUCAGAAUCUGCUCUGAAUACUGUAUCUCAGCAGAAGAAGAGGAGAAAGAAGAAACAAAUAAUUAUGAGUAUAAAUUAAUUUCAGACGAGCCAAAGUUCCGUUGUUAGUUUUAUACAGCCUUCUUCCUCUCCGUCUGCUCCCGUGGGCACUCCUGCUCAGCUCACACCAGGGAGAAUGAUGCCAUGGCCGAUUGGGCAGUCGCACCAGUCAAGAGUUAUCCCAUUCAUCCUGAUGUUGUUACAUCCCUAACAUGUCUGAAUUUUUUUUUUUUUUUUUAAUUAAAAGCCAUGACUCAA